CGUCACUUCUCGCAGACGAAGCCAUUUUGGAAAAGCCGACCCAUUUCACACAUCAUAACAAGCAGAAUCUAUAACUUUUCUUCAAAGAUAGGCAGAACCUGCUGUAAUAAUUGAUAUUCUAUCAUGAGUACCUUGACUCAAAGAGGUAGUACUUUAAUUCAAAGACACACAGGUGGAGGAUCGAAAGGAGCAGAAGGGGGAAAAUCAAGUCAUGAAGCGGACGAAGAUCCGUUUCGUGAAGAAGAAGAUGACUGCGAAUCAAAAGAAACGAGAUUAACAUUGAUGGAAGAAGUUUUAUUAUUGGGUCUGAAAGACAGAGAGGGCUACACAUCAUUCUGGAAUGACUGUAUAUCAUCAGGGCUAAGAGGUUGUAUGCUAAUAGAACUUGCAUUGCGAGGAAGGAUAGAACUAGAAAAGACCGGAAUGAGGAGGCGGAGCUUACUCAAUAGGAAAGUUAUACUACUCAACGAUGCCCAAACAGGUGAUGUCCUCCUAGAUGAGGCUCUCAAGCUAAUAAAAGAAACGGAUCCUCCAGAGACAGUUCCAACCUGGAUAGAACUGCUAAGUGGUGAAACCUGGAAUCCAAUGAAACUACGCUACCAGCUCCGGAACGUCCGAGAACGACUUGCAAAGAAUCUAGUGGACAAAGGUGUACUGACCACCGAGAAACAAAACUUUGUUCUCUUUGACAUGACCACACAUCCUGUAACAGACAGCGCAAUCAAGCAACGCAUCAUUAAGAAGGUCCAAGAGUCUGUGCUGAACCGGUGGCCUAACGACCCUGCUAGGUUUGAACGACGAAUGCUUUCCUUACUAUACCUUGCUCAUUCUUCGGAUGUCCUGGAAAAUGCUUUCGCUCCAUUAUCAGAUGAGGAAUACGAGGUGGCCACGGGGAGAGUGAGGACCUUACUGGAAACUGACCCGGAAGUACAGUGUCAGAAGCCGAAUAGUAAUGACCUAAUGUGGGCCGUCAUAGCGGCUUUCAUUAAGUGAUUCCUCUUCUGAGGUGCCUUCACCAUGAACUACUUGUAUUAGCUGAAGUGAAAGACCUACUUCCUGUAACACAAUUCAAACUGAAAGUCUAUAUUCAAUGUCUCAGCCUUCCUUGAUAGAAGCCCUCUGAGCUGGAAGUAAUGAAUCCCUUUGUCAUUGACAUACACCUCUCGCUUAACAGACAGGGACAUCAUCAUGUUUUGGGGCGAAAAGGCAAAGCUGAAGUGACAAAGCUUCUACUGUCUGUAACACCAUCAAGCAAGAAUGGCUACCUCCGAACUGAAAGUCUCUCAACCUUUAUUGAUCAACGCCCUUUUAGAGCGUUAGGGGAUGGAUCUCUUUGCCAUUCACACAUAAGCAGACAGGGGCACCUCAAUAUGUUUAUGCUGCUUUGGGGGAGAAGACUGGAAUCUUGAUACUGUAAUCCUAUUUUACUUUAUACUAUUUUUUUUUUUAGUGAAUGCAUGCAUUCCAGGAAAAUCUCAGCUCUGCAUUUUACCCCUCCUCAUCCAUUGGAGAGCUGUGUUGUAGUGAUGUCCAAACAACUUCCAUUCUUUGGUCAGGUGUCCUGUUUGGAGCCAAGUAUUGUCUGCAAAAUGUUCACAUAGGAUGCCUGUUGAGAUUAAAUGUUGCAUGGGAAUCAAAUCAAAAUUAUAGAAUCAAAUUCUAAACCUUACUAUUAGAGUGGGGGGAGGGGCAAACCCUGGCGCAUUUUGAAAAAUGAAAUAAUGAACAUUUUCUGACUAAAAAAAAAAAAAAUUCUUGGGAUUUCAGAAGGGUUAGUCAGCUAGUCACACAUUGUUCUGAAAAUGGCAUACAUGCAUCCAAAUUCUAAUGCACUUUUACAAAUUUAUGAUUUUUUAGAAAUGAAUAAUGAUACCUUGUAAAGUAAAAAUAAACCUCUAAUUCUGGCAUUUUAUAAAUCGCCAGUAAAAUGUAAAUCAAUAAAAGAAGAAGAUAAAACCAUUGAUAUGAGACUUGAAUGAACCCAAAGUCAGACAUCUGUUCUGUGCAUGACCUAUUCUGUGUCAGUGUGUGUAUAAUAAGUACAAUGCACACCCAACGAGGCAUGGUAGUGCUCAAGCUUUUUGUUCAUUCGCAAUAUGGUUUCUUCUUUUUUUGUAGAAGUUUUGAGUUCAUAUUUUAUUUUGCCUUAUGGAGACUCUUCGAAUGAGCAAAACAUGAUUUGGUGGUGUAAUCAGUAUUGUCAUGAAAUGUGUGACAUUUAACCCUUUGGAUACUGAAUGAUUUCGUAUAAUACAUGUUUUCCAUAGACUCCAGUCCACAUUCAUGCAGGCGUAGUCUCCAUUGGGUUAACGUGGAAAGGAACUCAUCAGUUAGAGUGAAGAAGACCAGAUUUCUGUACAUACAAUAUUUUAUUCCAAUUCUUCUGAAAACAAUAAUAUAUAUUUGAUGAAGGAUUGGAGAUGAAUGUUAGAAUAUUGCUUUCUUGUGUUGUACAACAUAAUAACAUAGUUUUAACAAAUAUAUGAUUUUUUUUUCAUUUUGUAUGAAUUUAUUUUCUCGUGGAAUAGAUAAAAGGGGAGUUAAAAGCUGUGUAUUUGUAUUUCUCACUUGUUUGUUUGACAUUUAUGUGAUAUAUUUUGAAUAUAUAUGUUUUAGGUCAGAUUUAUUUUUAUAAUUGCAUCAUGUAGAGUACUUGGAAUAAUCCCUCAGCAUUAUUUUCGACCCUUUUUUUUGUUGCUAUUUUUAAAGCUUCUUCAUUGUUCAUUUUCUGUUGGAAUCAGUUUCUUUUGUAAUUUCUUUCUCGUCC